UGUGUUUUCUAUUUCUCUCUUACAGUAUUAGAGCCUGUUUGCGUCGGCAAGACCCCUCGACAAAGGCCUCAAGAGUACCAACUUGCAUUUCCUGCCGCACAGGAGUUUGAAAUUCCGUUGAAGCUAACGCGGUUUUUGAUUUUCCUCUCCCCAACUUUUUUCGAAGAAUCGAACGAAGAAGAUUUCAGGAAUUUGGCCAAAUUCGGGGUUGCUAAAGUCACUAACGUUAAUAGGAUGAUUAUUAACGAAUGUUUGGUGAGGGAACUACACUUUUCGACAUUUGGAUCCCGACGAUUUAUGAACUGCCUGUGGAAACUUUGAUUAGAUACUCCGGAGUACUAGUAGCACAAUACAAAGUUGAAGUACAACACAUGGCUGAAGUUGAAUAUUCUUGCCAGACGUUGUAGAUUCUUGAUUAGUUGUUGACUCGAAAAAGGCGCUUGUGUUUUCUAUUUCUCUCUUACAGUAUUAGAGCCUGUUUGCGUCGGCAAGACCCCUCGACAAAGGCCUCAAGAGUACCAACUUGCAUUUCCUGCCGCACAGGAGUUUGAAAUUCCGUUGAAGCUAACGCGGUUUUUGAUUUUCCUCUCCCCAACUUUUUUCGAAGAAUCGAACGAAGAAGAUUUCAGGAAUUUGGCCAAAUUCGGGGUUGCUAAAGUCACUAACGUUAAUAGGAUGAUUAUUAACGAAUGUUUGGUGAGGGAACUACACUUUUCGACAUUUGGAUCCCGACGAUUUAUGAACUGCCUGUGGAAACUUUGAUUAGAUACUCCGGAGUACUAGUAGCACAAUACAAAGUUGAAGUACAACACAUGGCUGAAGUUGAAUAUUCUUGCCAGACGUUGUAGAUUCUUGAUUAGUUGUUGACUCGAAAAAGGCGCU